AUGGCUUCUGGCUCAGACCCUGCAGUGCCACUGACUGUAGACAAAAUGACUACUAGUCAUGCUCUGCAGGGAACUGGCUCCACUUACACUGUGGUGGAGUUCACUGGACAAGGCAUGCUCGCCAAAGUGGCUAAAUACCUAAAUAUCCAAACAAAGACAAUGGUGGCAGUCAAAAUACUCAUGGACCCAUAUGCCAUCAAAGAGGCGGACAAAGAGAUUUUACCCCAGGGUCCUGACCUGUCUGGCUUUUGA